AUGCUCUAUGAUUUCUCUCAAGACUGCCUACAUGAGCGAGUAUUUCCUUUCGCCUUGGCCAUAGCCCGAGGUGACACGAUCCCCUUAGCCUCCAUGUUCUUAGGACACUUAUACCGGCUACUUGAUCGAACUCAGCUUUUAGAGAAAAGCGCGGCGGGAACCAUGGGCGUGGAGACUCUCUUGAAUUCUAGUUUUUUGCAGGUGUUUUUGUGGGAACGUAUCAAAGGACUAGACAUACAUCCACUCCUCUAUUCGCAUGCUGUGCAAAUAGCCAAGGGUUCUUUUAUGCCAGAUGGUCUCCCUUUAGUUUGCAGGUGGUUUAAAUAG